AUGGAAGAGACGAAGAUAAUCUAUCAUAUUGAUGAUGAAGAAACACCGUACCUUGUGAAACUUAUGAUUUCACCUGAACGAGUUACUCUGGCUGACUUCAAGAAUGUGUUGAAUCGGCCUAACUACAAGUAUUUCUUCAAAUCAAUGGAUGAUGAUUUCGGCGUGGUUAAGGAAGAAAUUAUAGAUGACGAUGCACACUUACCCUGCUUUAAUGGACGAGUAGUAUCAUGGUUGGUUUCCGCAGAAGGAAGUAACGUUUCGGACGGUGCAUCUCAAUGUACUGAUUCUGUCGCACAUAGUGAAGCGAAACAUGACCGUGCUGAUCAUGUUACUCCAGGACGCACAAAUCGUGGACCUCCACCUGCUCUCUCUCACGAUGAUACUCUCACAGAAACAGAGAGUAUUAUUAGUAGUCGACAGGGUCAUCAUCUUCAUAAAAGCUCUAGGCAUCAUCCGGAGAAAUAUGAAAAGAAUAAUAAAUACAAUGGUCUUCGUAUUAAUGGACAUUCGAAUCAUCGCUCAGGACAUGGAUAUGAAACCGCUUCAAUACUUAGUUCAGACUUGGAAACUACGACGUUUUUAGAAUCAGAUGACGAUGCCAGCAGUCGAAUUACAUCAACCACUGGGCGACACACAAAUAUGAGUAGUGCUGUUGAUGGAGCGACCCUUGAUCGACGUAAACUUCAGCGUAGACGACGACAUCGUUUACCUCCGAUGUCUCGCACUUCAUCCUUCAGCAGUAUCACAGACAGUACCAUGUCUUUAAAUAUUAUUACGGUUUCUCUCAACAUGGACACUGUCAAUUUCUUGGGUAUUAGUAUUGUCGGGCAAAGCAAUAAAGGCGGCGAUGGCGGUAUCUACGUAGGAUCAAUAAUGAAAGGCGGUGCGGUUGCUCUGGAUGGACGAAUAGAACCUGGAGACAUGAUACUACAAGUGAACGAUAUUAAUUUCGAAAAUAUGUCCAACGACGAAGCCGUACGAGUAUUACGCGAGGUAGUUCAGAAGCCAGGACCAAUCAAACUUGUCGUAGCUAAAUGUUGGGAUCCAAAUCCCAAAGGUUACUUUACUAUUCCACGGGCCGAACCAGUUCGACCAAUCGAUCCUGGUGCUUGGGUCGCUCACACGGCAGCUAUUCGUGGUGAGGGUUUUCCGCCACGACCUCCAAGUGCCACCACUUUAACCUCUACUUCGAGUAGUCUGGCCAGCACUCUCCCAGACACUGAACGCCCGAUAGAAGAACUGCACUUGACCAUCAAUACCGAUAUGCCAACCAUCGUUCGUGCCAUGGCAAGACCAGAUUCAGGUUUAGAAAUUCGUGAUCGAACGUGGUUAAAGAUAACUAUUCCUAAUGCUUUUAUUGGUGCGGCUGUUGUCGAUUGGUUAAAUACUCACGUGGAAGGUUUCAUAGACCGACGUGAUGCUCGCAAAUAUGCAUCCCUGAUGCUGAAAGCGGGGUUCAUAAGACAUACAGUCAACAAAAUUACAUUUUCCGAACAGUGUUAUUACAUUUUUGGUGACUUGUGCUCUGCCAUGAGUAGCAUGAAAUUGGAUUGCGACACAGUAGGACCACUUCCUCCUCCGAUUGGAUGGGAUAUGAUGUAUUCUGGUACCUAUGCUCCACAUUCUGCUACUGGAUACAGUCCAAUGCCUUUCAAUUUCACCAACGAACCUACUGUUUAUGGCUAUCAUCGCGAGGAAAGCGUACAUAGUGGCUCGGGUGGAAGCAGUGCCGGAAGCGAACACAUCUGUAAAGAACCAAUACAUGAUCUCAAAUCAUGUUCUUCAGCCUCAGAAUCGGAAUUGCAUAUUCCAUCUAUUCCAAAUAUGCCGGGAAGAACUACGUCGGGUAAUGGCAAUGGUAAUGGAAGUGGAUCCAAUGGGAAGAGGUCUAAUGGUAGCCGUAGCAGGUCGAGUGGCUCUGAACAAUCCGUGCAGACAGGAACCGGUUCAGUCAACCAGCAAAAUCAGCAAGAUCUAUCCGGUAGUAGACAGUCAUUUCGCAUUGCGAUGGGGAAUCCUUGUGAAUUCUUUGUCGAUGUUAUGUAGAUGCUAUUGCUGGUGUUGUAAAUAAUUUACUUACGGACCGGCUCGAAUUAAUCGGGCGGUGCUUCGGAACGAACUGAUUAUUUAGAUAGCUUUCUUCUUUAAUUGGAAAUUAUAUAUCAAGUUAUAAUCGAUAACUUUACAGUGUAAACGUGCGGGUUCGUUUAAAGCAGCUAUGUACAAAUUCAAACUGUCCUUUGAUGUUUGAAUCACCUGCAUUAAGAUGAGAUAAAAAUAUUAAUUCAGAUACAUGCUGUAUAUUAACUUAGCUUCGGUGUACAUCGCGAUACUUUUAUUAUUUGUAGAAGCUUGAAGCAUUUAUAUUAUAUUUUUUUAUAAAAGUACGCAACGAAGUACCUUCCGACGUUUUUUAAAAGUAGAUUUUUCUUAAGGCGGGCGUGUGAAUUACUAUAUUACUCCGUUUGAAUACAUUUGGAUUAAUCUGUUUGCAAAUUAUAUUUACAUUUAUUGAAUUUCUGAAAAUUUCAUAUGCACAGAUAUUUGGAAUUAAUUGUACACAAUUUUUAAACCGUCUGUUUAGUACAAAGCAAAAUGUAUACCGCUGAUAAUAUUUCACACAUCUAAUGAUAUAAUUAUGCAAUGUUGAUAGAAAUACGACAUACUUUAUUCUAUUGGACUAAAUCGAGCAUCUAUCAUCCUAUUUUUAAAUUCAGCGAUUCAAUUGGACGAAUUUGUAAAUUUUACGUGCCGCGCCUAACAGUUUGUUGCAUUCUAUUACGAUGCAUUUUGGUAUUAUUGCGCUAAUUUAUUAUUUAGCCGAUAGCAUUCCUUUAGUUUUUAAUCCGCAUGCGAUAAAGUAUUACGUGAAUGUAAAUAACUAAUUGCGACCCCGAAGUAAAUGCACUACUUUAUUGUCACGAUUUUACUUUGCUCUGGGGUCGUGUAUUGUAGAAAGAAUAUCUGACGCACGUUAAAUCUUUCUGAAGCGACAAGAAACAAUGUUUCAAAUAAUGGUAGGUAGAUGGUGCACACUUCACGCAUAUAGCACAAAGCAUGAAUGUGUAAAUAACACAAGUUUACUUUUUCAAUAUGAAAAAGUCUCUUUUGAAUUAUCCGAUUCUGGGUACGUCGAUUAAUUAACUAUACGGCAUGUGUUGCAGAAGUUUCACGUGGAACUGGAAAAUAUGGUGUAGUAAUACCGAUAAAGCAAGAAUAACGUAUAAUAAUACGUUUAAAUUUCUUAAAUCCUUAUCCUACACUACACUUUAUAUUAUAAAUAUUAUAAGACAUUGGUUUUUAAUUACACGGUUGUAAUUCAGAAUAGUCGUCGUAUUCAAAUAAAUAUUUGUUUAAUGUCUUGAUAUCUAAAGAUAUCAAAAUCAUACAAUAUUUUGAAUAAAGAUUCAAGUCUUAGUUGAGCUUAUAAAAAUUGUCAGUAAUGUAGCAACGGAUAGGGAAAUAGACAUGCUUUUUAAUAUUAUUGGAGUAUCUAAUACUAGGGUAAUUAUCUAUCAAAUUAUUUAGGUAAGAUUAUCAGCCCAUUUUAUUCCUAAAUUAGAAUUGCGGAUAAAAAUUCCUUGCAGCAAAGGUUGCUUUACUACACGUUACUGGACUAUGAAAUAAGUAAAAGAUUGCUUUCUGAUUGAGUUUUGAAAUUUCGUUCACAUAAGUUUAUACCUGCCGUAAAUCGGCAAAUUACAGGUCGUAAAUAUUUUUCAGUGCUAUUAAAUUAUUAAACAGUUCUCUAGCAAUUUUUGCAGUGCAAGACUAAUAUUUGAAUUGUUUAAAAUAUCGAAAUAAAGAUCGUUUCACAAAUCCUUUAUUUUCGACUGGUCCCUUGUUAACGGUGUACACAUCGAUCGAGUCAAUUCUAAAAACAACAGGUCGGGUUAAAUAACGAAGCUAAUUGACUCUAGGUAUCCAAGCAUUACUUUAUGGCGCAACCAUAUGACCAUCUUAUGCAUUUGUUAUUGCAAUGAAAAACAAAAUUAAGUUCGGGCACGCACUAUAUCAAGAACUGAAGUGCUGAAUAUCUCCAAAUGCUACUAUUUUAUUCACAUUUAGAACUUCAUUAUUCUGUAAAUUUAAAAUAAUUGAUGAUGACAGUUGUCUAGAAAUUUCUUCACAAACAAAACUGUAAAUUAUCACAUUAUUACUAAAUUGUAAUUGUGUUUAGAGUCAACAUAAGAAUAAAUCAAAUAGAGAGAUUUUAUAGUCGGAAAGUAAUUUGCAUAUCAUAUCGAGUGGCAUAUAUGCCUUAGGUGUAAAUUUAGGUGUUUACUGUGGAGUAUACAGAGGAAAUAGUUACGGUUGUACAACAUUUUUAUACAAUACAAGUUUAUCAUCAGAUGCUAACUUCGUGCUAAUGUGAAUGAACGGUAUGGAUUGGAAAUUAAUGAAAGGGAAGUGUUAGUGAUAAUGACAAGAUUUUGGUAUAGGAAAUGAGUGUCAUUUGAUAUAGUUAAAUUUGCCUUAUUUGUUGUGUGAAUAUGAGCAAAUGUGAGAAAUAAGAGUGCCGUUGGCGUGUAGUGAAAGUGCAUGUGUCUGUGCGUAUGUGGGUGAACAUUAGAACAACAAUAUUUUGAUUUUAGUUGCAGUUGCGUUUGCGUUCCUGUGAUGAUUACAAUGGUUUAUAUAGUGAAUACAACUAAGGAAUUAUAUUAAUUUAUUUAAUAGUAAAAUUAUGACAAUUUAUCCUAACACAGCACAGAAGUAAAGAUAAGAUUUUCAUUUUAAAGAGAAUGAUUCACUGAAAUACCAACAAUGAAUGUAAUAUAAGGCUAAUUGGGAUGCUUUAAUGCAGAAUUCUUCUAGGUGAAAAUGUUCUGUGGUAUUAACUUUGAGGCUGCUGACUUAUUCCACGUAAGGUAAACGGCCCAGUUAUUGAUAGUUUAAGAGCGGCCGUGUCGGAUUUUUGCCAUUUAUUCACGCGUGAUAUAGCCAAACUGAAAACUAAAGGUUUCAACACGUGCGUUAAAGCCCUCCGAAUGAGAUUCACCUAUUAUACAAGUGAAACAAUUAAGGCUUAUUUAUAGAAUUAUUGUUUUAAUAGCUCUUCUCUGCUGCCGGGGUUUCUAACACUCGAGAAACACCCAUGUCGUAGUUUGUGAGCCCUGCGUGUAUCCGAUUUGUGACCCCCUUGGCACAGUUUAUAACGCCUACGCGUACCCACUGUCUGACACUUCCGAAUAUUCCCAUACAAACGAGUGUCAACAACAGCAACAUUACCUCAAAUAUGUGACGCAGUUAUUGAUCCCGCGAAUUUGAACAAAUAUCUAACCAAAAGUUAAAUAAUCUCUCAUCUCAUCGAUAGUCUGGUUGCUGCUGAAGAUGUUGACAUCAUUUUUAUGUCGUUUUAUACUUGCACGAUGAACAAAAUUUACAACGACGUAGCUCGUCGCAACUACUGCCGCUGUGGAACCUGCGUGUCGCUCUAUUCACUGGUUGAAUUUCUAUUCUAAAAUAUUUCAUUUAAAACAGUGUGUUUCUCCAGUAAUAUAAAGUGAAAAACGCUUUUUACUGUGUCGCUCUAUACGUAACUUUUAUUAACCUCCAUUUAUGCACAUAUUUGAAAUUAUUUUAUGCAAUAAUUAUUGGAGCUGAAGCUCCACUAAAUUUCCACAUCCGAUUGUUCCUUCACUCUUCAAUGCACAUGCAUUGUAAGAGUAGAAACAAAUCUGAGUUCUAAAUAUUUUUUCGAGCGAUAUUAUCAAAUCACUAUUCAUCAUUAACACGUUACUCCAGUUAACAAGUUAAUAGUUUUCUUCUAAAGGUCUAUUAGAAAAUAUUACUCAAAAUAUUAGUGCGGCAGUUUUCAAUCAGUAAAAAAACAUACUGUACAUAUCCUCAGUGUAAUGUACUAUUUUGUGUGACUUCUAGCUGCUUUACAGAGAUUUAUGCAAACUUUAUAUACAAUCGACUUUCACUACAAAACUAUCGCACUGAGAGGAGCCUUCCCCCACUUUUCUUUUCCACUUAGCACGUGUUUCCCCCCCCCCCCUUCUGUCGGACGCUUCGCCUAUUACAGUGAAGUAGGGACUCUGUAAUAUCGCUCUUCCUUCCUUUCUUUCCUUAUGGUUGCAAGUAAUAACGCUCUGUCACUAGUUAUUACGUCUCAGAGCUCAAUGCGUGAUUAUAUAGAGAGUUGACUAGGUUAAUUACUAAAGUUUCUUAUUUACAGCUUGUUGUAGCUGUAGACUAAUAACUGAUGGAUGAAAAUUCUACAAUUCCUUUUAGACGAUUAGGAUUUAUAAUUAUCAUUAGCUAUAAAUCAAGCUUGUAAAGAAAGGAAAAUUGAUGCAUGCUUGUAAAAGAAGGAAAAUUGAUGCAUGCUUGUAAAAGAUUGUUCGACUUUAAACAUAUUUUCAAUAAAAUUUUGUUAACAAUUUUACGAUUGUUAAAAUUGACUUCUGGAUUGGAAUCGCACCUGGAAAUCAAUUGUAACCAUAUUAACAAUGGCCGCGAAAGCCUCAGAACUAUAAUUUUGAUAUUUCUUGUACUCCAUGAGAAUGUAUGAAUCUAUUGAUCUUAUAUAAAAUAUACAUAAACGUCAAAUACGUAUUUAUUAAGUAUCAUGGUAAUGGUCAAUAAUUUUGAAAAACUAUAUCUACAUCAAUUACACGUUUAAUUAAUUUUUUCAAAUAAAUAUGCAUAUGUCGUAACAAUAGAGAAAUAACGUAAAAACCCAGAAUCGGAGUGUUCAAAAGCUUGCAUGGAAGUAUUAAAAUUAACUUGAAGUUGCAUUUUUACCUCGAAGUAAAUCAUUUAUUAAUUUUGUUUCAUUGAUUGCGUUUUAGGAUUGUCCACGACAAUGGGGCAGCUAUUUCUUUAAAAACUCGAGCGGACGAAUGUUUAUGGUGCCGGUCAAACGACAAAAAAUAUUCACUGACUGUUAGAAGGCGUUAGAAGAAGUGCCCAUAUACUGUGAGUCUUGGCCUUAUGAGAAUAUACGCGAUUCGGACUCACUGACUCUACGAUUCUGUAAUUCUUUUCAUCUUAGCAAAAAGAUGAAUUCGUUCAAUCAAAUCCAAUACUCAUGAAUUAGAUUUUACGUACAGACCAAUAUCCUUCAAAAAUUUGUAAAAACGCUCCUCAAAUGCUAUCAGCCAUAGUUUAUAUUUGAAUAUUCACUGACAAUAUUUUUAAUGCUAUUUUAAUAUUAUUUAUGCACCAAUUAUCUCUCAUCAAAUUAUAUGAAAAUGUACCUUCAUUUUUGGCAAAGCUCUAACUCCAAUGCGGGUCUUUGAAGUAAUUACAAAAAUGAACUGUUAAAGGUACACUUUAUGAAUUUUCAAUUUGAUAUUCUCUAUUUCCUCACUCAGGCUCUGCGAAUUACACUUUGAGCCCAUAGCACGACAUUAAAGGACUGAAAGCUGCAUCGUGGGACUGACUUCUUUGACUGUGGCUGCACGCAUCCAAAAAUUUAGUCUAGUGUCUCCGAAUCUGAAGACUGUUUCAUGAGUCCAGGACUCUCUAUGUAUAGGUUACCUUUAAUUAUCGGUUACGAUUAAGUACGUAGAAGUGUAGGAUCAUUGCAGUAAAACAUAAUAAUGUAAUAAAUUCUAGUAACCCGAAGGACUCCAGCAAUUUUAUAUAAAAAUCAUUUUCACCACGUGAAAAUAGCAAAUUGAAAUGAAAAUUGUAUUAAGAAUUUUUGUAUAGCAAAUUUUAUGUAAGAUGAAUGCUUGUGAGUGAAAAUGGGCAGCGACAUUGAUGAUUAAUUCAAGCGAAACGCCCGAAACUUAAUUAUUAUAAUUAACGUGGACAUAACUUAUUGAUCUGGACAUAUCAACUCUCACUAGAAAACAUAAAUCAAUUGUUUUGUGCAUCAUUGGAAAACAUAAAAAUUAAAAGUGAGACAUGACCGAUGAUUACAUACGGUCUGAUAAUAAUUCAGUAUCAACAGGAGAUGGAAAACAUAUUUUACAGUUAUUUAUGUGCGCAGAAUUUUAUUGUAAUGUAAAUUAAUUUCUUUUAACAAAUUUUAUAUCGUCUUUUGUACACUGAUCGGAUGUCUGACUCAUAUUAUUGUACAAUGUAUAUGUACAAUAAAUUACUAUACGCCAUAAUAAGUAUUGACAGGGUAUUUUUGGGAUUGCGUCAGUCCUUAAUUAAUUACCAGCACCGUUAAAGAAUGUACACUAACAUCGUUCGGCCGGCACCCAACAUGACAUAUAGAUAAUAAACGCAUAAAUAUAAAGGACAUACGUAAUAUUCCUAUGAGUAUAUUACAUAUAUAUUAUAUAUAAAUAUAAAUAUAAUACAUAUAUAUAUUUAUGAUAAUAUAAAUAUAUAUAUUUAGAAUAAUAUAAACGGGCCUCUCGCUGUAUCGAAACACUUGUAAAUAAUUCAAUCUUCCUGUUACGCUCAGACUCGAAUGUGUGCCAUCAGAAAUAAACCUUUAAUGGUAUGAAUUAAGAAAAUUAUAGUCUUAACUAAGUCGAUGGUUAGUUAAAACUAUAAUUAAUCGAUCCCAUUUUUGCGGUUAUAUUAAGAGACCCGCUCUCAUAUGUUCGCCGUCGCCCUAUUUGCUAAUUAUAAUUUAUGAUUAAUUUUUAAACAGAGGGAGAAAUAUGGAUAUCGUGUAUAUUAUUCGUUUUGCCUAUUGUUCUCUAUCCUGCACUUUCCCCUGAUUUAAGUAUUCUUUUUUUUUUCUAAUUCUGUAAAUACUAGUCACUGUGCAUUUCUUUUCUUUCAUUACGUGUAACGUAAUAACAUCGUAAGUGAGGGAUACAUUGCUAGACUCCUGACAUGUUAGAAGAUUAAUAAUUUCAAUUUAUUCUUAAUGAUUUGCAUUUUAUUUCAAUCGGUAUCAAGUUGUACCAAGUUGUUUUAAUUAUUCUUAUUAUUACAUUCUUAAACUUUGUAUUCUAUUUGUUAAUCGUUAAUAGUCAUUCAUUUGCUGAAUGUUUAUAUGAGGGUACAUUUAAUUUUUUUUCUAGAAUACUCUUUUAUUUUAUUAACUAAUCAAGUAGCGCCUUUUGGAAGAUACUUUAUCUCAUCUCUGAGGAGAAUUGUGAAAUCAUGAAAAACAAAAACUUGGCAACAAUCAAUACAAACCAAUAUUAUCAGCAACCUUAUAUCGCCAAGUCUCAACAACGUGUGUACCGUCGUAUAUGAGAAACCAUGCAGACACCAAUUUUGUUGGGAAAAAUCAUGUUCAUAAUAAAGAAAUGUGUACUUAUA